UUGCAGUGUUUUGCGGGAACUCUGGACUUGCAAAGUUUCAAACAUGAAAUGAACUAUGCAGUAGUUAUAAGCUAGAUAUGUAACAGGCGUCAAAUCACCAACUGUUAUUUUAUCGCGAGGGACAUCAUCGGUUCUCGUCUCUUUUUUUGGGCUGUCUUUCUCCCUCAAGCAGUUGAUUCAGGUUGGAACAUGAGCAAGGCAAAGUCGAGUCGGGACAGAAGGGCCACUCAUCCCAGUGUUACCAGAGUUACCCGUAGCUCCAUCAUUGGCCCCCAGGAUUCCCAGCGCAGUAAAGCAUCUGAUUCAGGGUUGGUCAAUGACCUUAGCCUCAUGAGAGUGAGUGAACAGCAGGCGUCAUUAACACGGAAAGGGAAGUCACCCAAAGUCUCUAAUGUCCACCAAAAUUCACCAACCAGCACCGGGCCUUUGGUAACCAUAGGCAGGCUGAUGAAGCUUGGGCGGGUUCGAAACAUUGUGGUGGUGGCCGGAGCAGGUAUCAGCACAGCUAGUGGUAUACCAGACUUCAGGACACCAGAUACAGGUCUUUAUGCCAACCUUGUGAAAUAUGACAUCCCUUACCCAGAGGCCAUCUUCAACAUUGACUACUUCUCCAACAACCCUCAUCCUUUCUUCUCAUUGGCCAAGGAGCUGUACCCCGGAUACCACCGUCCUAACUAUGUCCACUAUUUCAUCCGUAUGCUACAUCAGAAGGGUCUGCUGCUCCGCAUGUACACUCAGAACAUUGAUGGACUUGAAAAGUUGUGUGGUAUCCCAGAUGACAAACUUGUGGAGGCUCAUGGAAGUUUCGCCACUGCUGCCUGUCACCUCUGCUACACACCAUAUCCUGCAGAGGAGGCCAAGCAAACUAUUAUGAAUGGCAAUGUACCUAUCUGUACAUUUUGUGCCGGGGCAGUAAAACCUAGCGUUGUCUUCUUUGGAGAAGAUCUGCCUGAAAAGUACUUUCAGCAUGCUGAGGAUUUCCCAAAAGCAGACCUUCUCAUGAUCAUGGGAACCUCUUUAAAGAUUGAGCCCUUUGCAAGCCUGAUAAACACAGUGAAGUCCACAGUACCUCGUCUGUUGCUGAACCGUGACCCAGUUGGACCCUUUGAACGGAGGCCACUUAAGAGGGGGGACUAUAUGGAACUGGGGGAUCUCACUGAUUCUGUCCAAAAACUUGCUGAGAUCCUCGGGUGGCACACAGAGAUCCAAGAGUUGAUGUUCAGUCAGGAGAAUAGGUUCAUGAGUUCUUACACUGACCCCAGCAGCAGCGGUGAGAACAGUGACUCCUCAGAGGCCGACAGCAAGAGCUCAGAGUCUUCUGAACCAAGUCACUAAUAUCAACCAUUCUAACACGCAUACGUUCUAUAUGUUAAAAAUGCACACGGCAUUUGGGGACCCACAGACUCUCACUGUGAUGUGAGUGAGUGAGUGAGUGAGUGAGUGAGUGAGUGAGUGAGUGAGUGAGUGAGUGAGUGAGUGUGUGUGUGUGUGUGUGUGUGAGUGAGAGAGUCAGUUUGUAUUGGUUGCAGUGUCUUUUCCAGACCAGAUAGUGUUAGUCAUAUCUAACAGUGAUUUUGACAGGCAUUGCUAGGCUUCUGGCACUUGCACUCAUUUUUGGCGACUCAUUAUUUCCAAUACAGUUAACAAUAGUUUAUAUUAAGUGCAUUGUGGCUGCUUUUCAUUUUGACUGAAUACCAACUUAUCUGGUGGGUGGAGAUCUUAAAAUGUUCUGCUCAUGCUGAUUUGAAGGUUAGAACCUUGGACCUAUUUGGAAUUGGGGGCAAAACACUAGCAGAUCAUUUUAAGUUUUGUCACAUUUUUUCAGGACUUGAGCGAGGUUAAAAAAAAAAAAAAACCUAAGAGACAUGGCACUUACUUUGGUUGUUUUAAUCACAGCUAAUAAUAUAUUUAUCCUGCAUGGAAAAACUUCUGUCAGCACUAUUUUCUUUAAUGUGUCCUCAAUUAUCUGGUAUGGCUUAUUUACCAAUCUAAAAACUGUACUCUAGAUUUUAAUGUGUUAUUUGGAAUAAAUGUGUAUAGACUAAGAAAGGAAGCAAAGUGCAAAUGCUAUAGUUUGGAUUUGGAGUAAGUUAUAUAGUGUGUGUGUGUGUGUGUGUGUGUGUGUGUGUGUGUGUUGGGUCAUUUGGGAGCCAGUGAAUCUUGGCCCCAGUGAGUGGAUGGUGUUAAAUAAGCAUGGGAAGCAUGAGCUCCCAAGUAUCCAGUGCCCCCACUGUGUGUUUUCACAGGCACUGCUGCCUCCAAGUGGAAGCUCCCAGCCCCCCCAAAGCUCUUAUAAAUGUCUUUGCUAGCGACAAAGAACCCCAAUAUCCUGCUGGUGUGUUUAAGAUAGUGUGUAUUAGAACAGUUGUGAACAUGAUUUCAUUUUGCACUGCAUCAUUGAAGUAGCUGGUAAUUACCACACUGUGAUCGGAUACGUUUGUCUAUCAGGGAUUUUGAUAGAAAUGUGAUGUAUACGUUGUUUUGAGAAAUAUGGACAAUCAAAAAUGCCUGUUGAAACAUUUGAAUCCAUCAGCUCGUCUUAUUUAUAUACUGUAUGCAGUUUGCGUUGGUCAGCUGAAUGUGGAGUGUUUACCAGUUGUCUUUAGAAUAAGUAUUUUAGAUCAUAGACCUAUUAAGCUUCUUUUUUUUUUUAUGGGACCAAGUGUAUGACUCAAUGUAUGUUUGAUUUAUAGUUAUAGCUUGUUAACUGUUAACCUUUUGUUUAUUGAAUAUUGAAAAAUGCUUUAUACUGCAUGUUAUUUUACUUAGCACAUGCUGUUUUUAGCAAUUGUGACAUAGUAUUUAAUAAAAAAACAUUCAAUCCUAUUUACAUUAUUUGUUCUUUGGUUAGACUAUGCAAGAGAAAUCUAACACUGAAAUAUGGAUGAUAAUUUUCUCUGUAGCAUUUUUCACCCUAUUAAAAUUUUAGC